AUGAACCCAGUGACCGAGUUAUCAAACUCAAACCUCAUCAAAAUGGCAAUCACAGAUAAAAUCCACCCAAUCUACACCCUCUGGUUCCUCUGGAUAGACCCCGCCCUGACCAUAAUGGGCAUGUGGGUAAACUUCCUCGACCACAGCCUCGCCCUCCAAGCCUUCUUCACCACGCGCCCCCCAGCCGCACCCUUUGCGCCAUUCCUCUACCAGAUUGCCGGUAUGGGCACAUCAUACCUAAUAAUCCAGCUGACAUUAUUACGGUACACGCACGAUGUGAAUAUCUGGAAGAUGGUACAGGGCGCGAUUCUCCCAGCGGAUUUUACUAUGCUUACGGCUGUUUACGUGGGCCUCAAAAUGGAGAAUAAUCUUGCGCUGAGUGGUUGGCGCUGGGAGGAUUGGUUUAGUGUUAUUGUCACAGGGAUUUGUACGGUUUUGAGGAUUGCUUUUGUGCUUGGCGUCGGUGUCAAGGAUGACAGAAGCCGAAGGGCCAAGAGGGUUUAG